UGCAGGUUGAAUCCAUUGGCCCUAUUUCCUGUCACAUGGGUUGGAAAUAGGAUCCCUGUUUUCUACUAUCUGGUCUCGUCGUAGUGGUGUCAGUGUAGUAGUAGCUCUAGGACCUGCCUUGAAGUUCAGGGACUUUUUAACACCGGCCAAAGCGCGACUCCUGCACAGACACAGACAGACAAGCAGCAAGUCAGCCAGCCAGUCAGUCAGUCGGUCCAGCAGCCUGCCGCUCUGCGCACCCGUCCGUCAGGCUGCACUUCACCUGAGAGCGAAUUCAGACUCUUUAAUCACACGAUGGAUUCCUGGACCGUCACCUCUGCUCUGCUUCUCGCUGGCUUUAUUUCUUCCGCGGCUUUUAAUGAUUUCGACACCGAGUGUUACACUGCCAACGGAGAAGACUACAGGGGCUUCCAGAACCAGACCAGCCUGCAUGGGGGUAAACCUUGCCUUUUCUGGAAUGAGACCUUCCAGCACCCUUACAACACCCUCAAAUACCCGAAUGGAGAAGGAGGUCUGGGCAGCCAUAACUACUGCAGGAAUCCUGAUGGGGAUGUUCAGCCGUGGUGCUACAUUGCAGAUCAUGAGGACGGGAUCUACUGGAGAUACUGUGACAUCCCUACAUGCCAGAUGCCUGGAAACUUGGGGUGCUUCAGAGACAGUGGUGACCCCCCCACCCUGACUGGUGCCAGUGAGACCUCCAACAAACUCACUAUCCAAAACUGUAUCAGCUUCUGCAGGAAGCAAAGAUACAAGCUUGCUGGUAUGGAGUCAGGAUAUGCCUGUUUCUGUGGCAACGAUGUGGACCUACAGAAACGUGGCGAGUCACCUAGCAUGGAGUGUAACCAUGUUUGCUUCGGUGACCACACUCAGCCCUGCGGCGGAGACGGCUGGGUCAUCAUAUUCAGCACCCGAGUGGGGGCCUGUGGUGGGAACUACACUUCUCCAUCAGGAGUGAUCUACUCCCCUGACUUCCCUGACAAAUACGGGGCUGGGCGUGUUUGCUACUGGACUAUCCAGGUCCCUGGAUCCUCGGCCAUCCUCUUCAAUUUCACCUUCUUUGACAUCUCCGACCAGACCGACAUGGUGGAGCUAUUGGAUGGCUACACAAAUCAAGUGGUGGCCCGCUUCGACUGGCGAAGCCCUCCGCGGGAUCUGGUAAACAUCACGGGCGACUUUGUCAUACUGUACUUCUACUCUGACCGAACCAACCAGGCCAAGGGAUUUGCUCUUCUUUACCAAGCACUCCGAAGCCAGGACACUAGAACAAUAGAGUCUGAAGGAGCGCUUCAAAGCCAGGACACCAGAACAAUAGAGUCUGAACGAGAUGACGAGGAGGAAAACGAAGACGUGUCUAGCACAGCAGGGCCCCAGCUGGCUGGCGGAGUCACAGAGAAAUCUAACGGUACGACGAAUGGACGUUCGUCCCAGAUCCUCUACGUGAUCACGUCCAGCCCCGGUAAACCGGAGCACAACAUGCCAGGUCAGUGGGCUGGACGCGGCGAGACCACCGGCCACAGCGCUAUGUGGACCAUCUACGCUUUAGCAGCUCUCCUCAUACUGACUGUCAUCGCCAUGGUAGCAAAGCUGCUGCUGCACGUCACAGUCAAGUCUCCAAACAUCCCAACCGUCAGUGGUUCAGACACCUGCAGCCAGAGCACAGCGUCUUCUGAGCCUUGGAUCAUCCUGUACCGCCCCUCUACCAUCUCCCUGUUCAAGAAGAAGCUAAAGAACCACCACGGUGACCUCAGCCCCCUGGUGGGCAACUAGUGCUCCUGCUGCGUCCUGCCAUCUAACCAAACAGUACCGCCACCCGCCACUAUUCUGUUCAAGGGCCGUCAGAUGCCAGGCCCUCAGACAAUGAAACUCUUUGAGGCGCUAAGCAAACAAGCCAACAACUGAGUGGCUAAUGACAACUGACUGAGUGAAUGCUACUAAAUGGUCUGUGUGCCAAAGUGGCCACGCCCUCCUAACCUGCUCAGCACCGAAGAGGAGCGGGAGGGCAGGCAGGACUGUAAGACUCCACUCUUGGAGAGGAGAAUAAAAGAUUGGAUAGAGGAAAAUCUCAAAGAUGCUUUUAUCAUACAAGAAGCUGUUUCCAUCACCCAUGGAUGACCCUACCAAUCAAGAUACCUCCAAAAACCCCUCUGGACAGCAAGCUCACUAGUGAAAAUAUGACAAAGCUGGAGUGCAAAAACAAAUCAGCUCAGUUCAGUUUCAGUGGCAGCCGAAUCUUCAUCAGCAUCAACGAGAGGAUGAAGAAACUGAGUCUUUAAUACAUAUACACAUAUGACACAUGCUGUAAAACUUCAGUUUUUUUUAAUAACUUAACUGCCUCAUGCGGAUGAACAUUUUCAGCCAAAAUCCAGAAUCCUCCCAUCCAAAGAGUUGUUUAUUCAUUUGUGUUCUUAAUUCUGUAUUCAAACUGCUAAUAUUUUUUUGUUGUUUUUUUUAAAUAUAUGUUUUACGUGACACCUGGCUUGCUGAGGAAAGGGAAACAGGACGCGGAAAUGUCACACGGAAGGUAGAUAUGACAGCACUUUGGGGACGAAUCAGUCACCGCAAAAUGAAAAGAUCAGCGAGAAAGGGAGCUUGUUCGCCCACUCGUUCACUCAGCGCCCAUGGAUUUGUGUGGCGAGGAGAAGUAGCUAGCUGGCUGGGGGGGUGGGGGUUGGUGCAGUUUGCUCACAAACUGCCAUUUAGGGAGGCUCGGGAAGAUCUGAGGGCUUUUUCUGCUCGGUUGUGGGUGGGAGUCUUUCCGGUUUGAUGCUGUUCAAGUGCCUUAAGGAUCUCCUCUUCCCUUGACUCAGUUCCGCACAUCUGUUUCUUUCACAAAGUGGACUGGUGUCCCUCACAAAAGUCUGCACUUCUUUAACAAAUCCAUGUAGAUAUGAAGAGUUUCAUUCCAGAAUAGGGUUUCCGCCACUUAAAUGUCAAAAAUGCCUCCCGGUCUUGUGCAGUGAUUGAAAGCAUUAAUCUCAGACGGGAUCUUUUACAUUGUUUUUUUAACACGACUUUGUUGAUGUCGAUUUAUUUUCUUUGACACACUUAGCCUUUUGGGAUAGAACUCUUCAUAUAAUGACAGACGAGGCUUUAAAAGGCUUUUUUUUGUUUCUUAUUUGUGUAUCUUAUGUGUAGUCUUGGACGUUUACUGAACAUAUUGUUCACAUUAUGUUGUCUUUUGAUUACAGGGGGAUGAAUAUUGUUGUAUAUUAUGUAAUUCAGUGUGGGAAUGAUGAUAUUUAUGACUGCUCUUUCAUUUUGUGUCUCGGCAAAGCAUUUAAGCAACUUGUCAAAGUGCUUUUGUGUUACUUUAGCUCAAAGGCGGAGUGCUUUUUAAAAAUAAAAAAAGUCUAAUCUUCGAUACCAGUAAAUUGUCUAAAUUCUGCAGAACGCUGCAGACCUUCAAGCUUUUACUUGUCAUAUAGAUUUCAGGCCAAAAGGUUGAGUGCGAACAAUAUAGUCAGACAGAAAUAUAACCAAAAGCACCCCAAGGUACUAUCCACAAGCUGACAGAAGGUUUCCAGCUAUAAUGGUUUUCUGUGACAUUUUAACUACUUGUGAAAGGUCAGAAUCCACUAAUGCACCAACGGCAUAGUAAUUGGCCUUUCCUGAUGUGAGACUGGAUGUUCAAGGUUUCUGCAGAUGGCCGCUGAGUUAUUUUCUCACUGGCAAGAAAAAUAAAAAAGAUCCUAACUUUGAAGCACUUAAUUUUGGUUCAGCUUACAAGAUGAAACGGUACUUAAUCACUUACAGCUCUGUUUCAGUGAAAAGACAAAAAAAAGGAAAAAAAAAUACGCACUUGUACAGCAACCUGAGCACUUGAAAGAAAGGUUAUAUUUUAUGCAUGACACAGCAUUACAGUGACAUUCAAAUCAAAAGAUUUAUGGUUUUCGAGAACUGAGACAGAAUUUAAUACCCGUAAAAAGAUGAAUAACUUUUGUUUCCCAAUCAGAAGUUUUCUAAAAUGUUACUCUCUGCUAUGUUUUGCCUGUCCUCUCAACUGUAACUCAUGUUAAUUAUUGCAAGACAAGAGCACAUGCCCCUGGGUCUGUGAUGUUCAGAGCUGACCAAGCGUAGAAAGAAGGGGAGAAACGGAGAGCAAUGGGAAAUUAAUGCGCGUUCAAGUCAAACACAAGCUAACGAAAUCUGACAGUUAAAAUCUAACAAGGGCAUAUUUGUUUGGAUAGCCUGGUGAAUUAUGCAAACUUCCAUUUUCUGUCCGGUCCUCCAGUCAGUCGUAAAAUUCCACGCCGUCUUCUGAGCGGUGGAAACAGUCUUUUUCUUGUCUCCAAAACUGUUUUUGUUGAUAUGAAUGUCCUGUAGUGCUCGAUAACAUGAAAACAACACCAGAAGCCCUGAGUCAUCACAAGAGGCCAAAACAUUGUUUUCAUCAAAUUGUAAAUAGCAAAAUAGUGAAAAUUUUAAUUUAUACAGUAAAUUAUUGUUAUUUUGUAUGUGAAUGGGAUAUAAUCUAUCUUUUGUAUAAGUGAAGUAUCUUUGUAGUUUUAUUUAAUGUGUCCUGGUUGCAAAAU